UUGAUCUAAUUGUAUAAAUGGGAAAUUUUUAAUCGGUGAUAAUGCACGUAGAAGCGAUGCGACUUGUGAAGUAAUGUGAAAAUUGCAAAAAGAAGAGGACAAAGGUCAAAUGCUUCGAAUAUAUUAUUAAUACGAGAAAUAAGCAAAAGUAUGAGCUUAACCGUAGAUCAAAGUACGGAAGAUGAAACAGCCUUGCACUUUGAAGAUUUUAUAGGGACUGAAAGUAAAAAACAACGAUUUCAGAAUUUAGCAAACAAUCUGACAAGCAUUUGCUGGAAAAUUUGUAUUGACCGCUCUACUCCACGAUUAGGAACCAAGAUAGAAAAAUGCCUUGUGAAUUGCGUUGAACGCUUCACUGACACAACUUAUUUCAUUACGAAUACAUGAAAUUGUAUUGCUUUUAGUAAAAGUUCUGAUAUUGAUUUAAAAUAAGAUAAUUUUACAAUUUACAAAUGCAAUAAUUGCUAAAUAGAUUUGAUUGAUUAAUUAAUUAAGUCUCAUUUCCAAGUGGUCGAAAGAACUAUAUUGUAUAGACUAUAAUUUAAAAAUUUCAAUGACAGUAUGUUUUCAAGAGUAAGAGAAUUUUUUGGUCGCCAUAAACGUAAGUUUAUAUAUGGAGGUAUUAUUGUUGGAAGUUUUAUUUUCUUAUCGCGUUACACGCAAAGAAAAAUCCGAGAAUGGCAAGAGAAAGAGAUUAAACUGAUGUUAGAGAAAACUCGACGACGUCAGUAUUUUGAAAGUACAGAAAGAACAUGUAAUCAGAUGAUCUUAAAUCUUGCAUCUAAUUUAAGAGAAUCAGUGAUAAAAACUUUAGAUACCACUGCUAUAGUGAAUAAACUCAGGAAUGGUUGCAACGACAAAGUAGCAUCAUGGAAUGAACUAAAAGUUUUAGCAAUUUCAAGAUCAGCUGCAAUAAUUUAUUCUCAUGUAAUGUUUGUAGUACUUAUCAGAAUUCAGUUUAAUAUAAUAGCUGGCCAUAUGUAUAAAGAAUCCCCAAAAGCAGCAGAUAAUAUCAAAGAAAAUGAGGAAUUGCAAACAAAGUAUAUGUCUUUGUGUCAUCAUUUCAUAUGCGAAGGUACACAAAAAUUAUGUGACGUUAUAAAAGAAAAGGUCAUCGAAAUAACAGCGUCUAUAUCUUUAAUGGAUCAAUUAUCAUUGAGAGAUUUAGAACAAAUAUAUUGGUCCAUUAUGUCAUCGGUAACUGCAGAUAGUAGAAAUCCAACAGAAAAUCUUUCAACAUAUAUGCUACCAUUGCAGUGCGAAGAAGAAAUGAAUGAAUCUUUAUCGAAAAUCAUUUCUGCGACUUUAGAUUUGUUGGAAAGUGAAGAAAUACAAGAGUUUAUGCAAAGUAAUAUUCGUAGUGGUUUUGUUUUACUAAUGGAUCAUAUAUCCGAAUUUUUUAACACUAAAACAAAUAAUGACAAUAUUACAAGGAAUGGAGUAUCAAUACCAGGAACUUCGAAUCGUAAAGAUAUGCUUUGGACAAAUUCUAUUUCAAAAAAUUCGGAUAAUAAUUUUGUUAAUAUAAAUAAGAUCACUAUGCCUUUGGCUAAAUUAAUUCCAAUAAUAAAUGAACGAAUUCCAGAUCAACCUAAGUCUAAAGACGCAUCUAGGGUAUGGCUACAACGCCUCAUCUUAAAUGCUGAACUUAAAUUAUUUGGGGCUAAUAUCUUUGAAGCGUUUAGUUUCUAAGAUAAAAUUAAUUAUAGAAAAGUAACUACAUUUUUAUAGUUAUUUAUGAGAAUACAUGUUCUCAUGAAAUAUAUAUAUAUAAAGUGUUAUAAAAAAAUUUCAAAUAACGUAUAAGUAACAAAUAAUUAUUCUCUCUGUUUAGUUUUAUGUACGAUACAUCUUUAAUGUAUUAUGUUUACUUUUUUAAAUAAAUGCAAUUGUAUAAAGUAAUUAACAAACAAAAAUUUAAUAUUUCUUUCGUGUACUGAUGCAUCUUAUGUACAAUACGUUUGUUAGCAAAAGAUUCCUGCCUAUAAUGCGAAUGUAAUGUAAUGUAUUACAGAUAAGGUUUUGCUCACGAAUAGUUAGAUUACGCGAGUAUGCUUAUUUAUUAUAUCUACGAGUAAAAGCAAUUCUGCGCAUGCGUCCGAAAAAGAAAUAUCACAAUGAGUUUACUAAUCAGAAUGGUCUGUGGUUAGUAGUCUUGAAGAGAAGCUCGAGCGUUGAAGUGAAUUACGAAUUGAAUCAUUGCCGCGUUUAUGUGCUUUCGUAUUUUCAUUAUAACAAAUAAACGUCUAAAAAUUA